AUGUGGUCUUGUAUCACAGACUUUUUCACCUAUGAAACCACUAAGUCUGUGGUGGUGAAGAGCUGGACCAUUGGCAUCAUCAACCGGGUCGUCCAACUUCUCAUCAUCACCUACUUCAUCGGGUGGGUGUUCAUCCAUGAGAAGGCCUACCAGAUCACAGACACAGCCAUAGAGUCCUCAGUGAUGACCAAAGUCAAAGGGUUUGGAAUCUACAACAAUAAGGUCAUGGAUGUUGCUGACUACGUGACUCCGACGCAGGGAGCAUCGGUUUUCUGCAUCAUCACCAAACUGAUCACAACAGAAAACCAAGUCCAAGGAUACUGUCCUGAGACUGAGAAGAAGUUCAGCUGCACUCAGGACAGUGACUGUAAGAAGCACACCACCAAGUCAGGAAGUUACGGUGUUCUAACAGGGAGGUGUGUUCCCAUUAAUGCAACCAAUAAAAUGUGUGAGAUAAAGGGCUGGUGUCCUGCUGAGGUCGACACGAUCAAAACAACACCAAUGAUGGAAGUGGAGAAUUUCACCAUUUUCAUUAAGAACAGCAUCCGCUUCCCAAUCUUCAACUACACUAAAGGGAACUUCCUUCCCACCAUCACUGAUGCGUACAUCAAGAAAUGUAACUUUGACAAGGUCAACAACACCUACUGCCCUAUUUUUCGAGUAGGAGACGUAGUCCGCUACGCCCAGCAGAACUUCACCAAACUGGCAGACAAGGGAGGAGUUAUUGGAAUAAAGAUCGGCUGGAUGUGUGAUCUGGACAAGUCAGAUGAUGAGUGUAACCCCUCGUACUCCUUCAACCGUCUGGACGCUAUGUCGCAGAAGAAUGCCAUCUCACCUGGCUACAACUUCAGGUUUGCCAAAUACUACAAGAUGGAGAAUGGAACAGACUACCGCACCCUGGUUAAAGCCUACGCCAUUAGGUUUGAUGUGCUGGUCAACGGAAACGCGGGGAAGUUCAACAUGAUCCCCACACUCAUCAACAUGGUGGCAGCCUUUACCUCAGUGGGAGUGGGUACGGUGCUGUGUGACAUUAUUCUACUGAACUUCCUGAAGGGAGCUGAGCAGUACAAGGCCAAGAAGUUUGAAGAGGUGUCCGACAACCCUCUGGACUCCCAGGAUAAAGGCCUGUACCGCUCCCAGCUGUCACUCAGACACGACAACAUCAUGAGGUCCAGCGACUCUGGAGCGUUUUCUAUCGAACGUUACACGUAA